AAAUUAAAUAAACAAACAAACUUAUAUUAGAGAAGGCAGAGAAAAUGGAUUCACGGUACCCACCAGAGGAAGGAGCAGGAAAAGGUCCUUGUAUUGCUCAGCCUGAGAUCAGAGGAGGAAGAACUGGGCAAAAUAAUGUUGUUGAAGAAACCAUCCAUUUGCAUGAUAAGUGCCAGCACUUCAGUGACUUCCAGUACGAGGAGGUUGCAGGGCCACGAGAGAUGUGCAGCCAGUUGUACCACCUUUUCAGUCAGUGGCUGAAGCCAGAGAGGAGCACAAAAUCUGAGAUGAUAGAUCUCAUGGUUCUGGAACAUUUCCUGGCCAUCCUGCCCCCAGAGGUGAAGAGCUGGGUCAGGGAAUGUGGAGCAGAGACCAGCUCCCAGGCAGUAGCUCUAGCAGAAGGCUUCCUCUUGAGCCAAAGAGAGAGAAAGAAGCAGGAAGACCUGCAGUCCCAGGGAUCCUUCAUGGAGGUGGUCACUGGAAGCUCCAAGACAAGGGCACGUUCCUCUCAGGGAAUGGCAGUUUCCCAAGAAGACCCAAGUAAGAACACCUUAAUGGGUAAGAAAAGGUUUCUUCCAAACAGUUUGAAGCUCUUGUGAGAGAUUCUACCUAUCUCUCAUUCUCUGCAACCUCUUAUGUAUAGUUUCUCCCCCAGAUUUUAAUUAUGCUUUCAAAAAGUCUUCUUCCACCAAUUUUGGUCCUCUCACAGGGAACAGAACUAAAUUGCUGGUGUUUGUAGAAUUGUCUUCUCAGGGUAACAGAGC